UUGAUAAGGUCUGCCUAAGGUUAUUUCUUAAUAGUUUUAUUGACGUCCUUUAACUACGAGUUUUGAAUAGUUAUUCGCAGUAAUGUUUUAUAAAACGAUUUUGCAAGUAAUUUUAGCCAUUACUUUGGUAUCCUUAAGUUUUCGGGAUAUCGGGAUUAAUGGCCUUAGGCUCUAUCUAAUGAAUAAUCCUGAUAUUGAAGAAGAUGCUUAUGUGAACACUGAGAAAAGAGGAUGCUACCUUGAUGAACUGCAAGCAUAUUUGCCUUUCGAUGGGAAGAUACAAGUGCCUCAACGUUGUUAUGAAGCUCAUUGCUUUAGAAAUGGUUUAAAAUUUAGCGCUUGCGGUGUACAAGCAGAUCAUCCCGACUGUAAUAUCAGGUAUAAGAAUACCUCGAAGAGUUAUCCAGAAUGCUGUUCGAACAUCGAAUGUCUUAGAGAUGUAAUCGCAAACAAACGUGACACAGUUGACAAUGGGAGUGAGGAAUUUGAAUAAAAAAAUUAAUAU